AUAAAAAUACACUUACCAGUCCUGCUAGACAAGUUAUAUCUAGCUCUUGGUAGGACAGUAAAAUACCAUCUUAUUUCAAGGUCGUUACCGUUCAUGUUUUUGUUCAUGAAUUUACCUCCAUGUCCAGACGGCCGGUGCAUGGUAACUGACGUGAGCUAGUAUGUCGCUGUCGUUACCAUCCACUGACAUGCUUGAGACACCUCCAGGAUAUCCAUUUGAGGAAAUUAAUUAUGAAGACAUUGAUGUAGAAGAGGUAGUAGGCAGAGGAGCUUUUGGCGUGGUCUGCAAAGCCAAGUGGAAAGGCAAAGAUGUUGCUAUCAAGACCAUUGAGAGUGAAUCAGAAAGAAAAGCCUUCAUUGUUGAGCUCCGGCAACUUUCCCGUGUAAAUCACCCUAAUAUUGUGAAGUUGUACGGCUCCUGCAGUAAUCCAGUCUGCCUUGUGAUGGAAUAUGCUGAAGGAGGGUCACUGUACAAUGUGCUGCAUGGUGCUGAACCACUCCCCUGUUACUCUGCUUCUCAUGCCAUGAGCUGGUGUUUACAGUGUUCCCAGGGUGUUGCCUACCUCCAUGGCAUGAAACCAAAGGCUCUGAUCCACAGGGACCUCAAGCCACCCAAUUUGCUUCUUGUGGCUGGUGGCACUGUACUCAAGAUAUGUGAUUUUGGAACAGCCUGUGACAUUCAGACUCAUAUGACAAAUAACAAAGGAAGUGCAGCAUGGAUGGCUCCAGAGGUAUUUGAAGGUAGCAAUUACAGCGAGAAGUGUGACGUGUUUAGCUGGGGAAUAAUUCUCUGGGAGGUGGUCACACGUAGGAAGCCCUUCGAUGAAAUUGGGGGACCGGCCUUUCGUAUUAUGUGGGCUGUACAUAAUGGGACAAGACCACCUUUGAUCAAAAAUUUACCCAAACCAAUUGAGAAUUUGAUGACCCGAUGCUGGUCCAAAGACCCCUCUCAGCGGCCUUCUAUGGAAGAGAUUGUGAAAAUCAUGACUCAUCUCAUGAGUUACUUUCCAGGAUCCGAAGAACCCCUGCAAACUCCAUAUCAAUAUUCAGAUGAUGGACAGAGCAACUCUGCAACUAGGACAGGUUCAAAUGUGGACAGCAGUGACACCAAAAGUGAUCCAAACAUUGAGCGCAGCGAUUCUCAAGGAAGCAACGACACUAUUAAGAUCACACCACAAUAUGCGCCUCACUUCAAGCCAAAGGGAGAUCCUUUGAGGUCACUGCCUCUUUCCAGAGGAGGUAGUUUUGAGAGUCUACCUGCUCGAACACAGGGUUUCACAUCCUCUGAAAAUAAACGAAUGAGUGCUGACCUUUCAGAGCUGGAGCCCAAGGUGGGAUUUGUAUCAGCAGCACGCCCCCUGUAUAAACGAGGCCAUCGUAAAACAGCAUCUUAUGGCACCAUUCUGGAUGUUCCCAAGAUCGUCUUCACAGCCACGUGUGAACCUCAGAGGCGCCGCUCUGUACAGGAUUUGCCAGGAAUUGGCACAGAAUCCACCCAGGGAAGUAGGAACAGUAGCCGAUCUUCUAGUCCCAGUUUGAGGAUGAUGCCGCCUGACAAGGGAAACAGUAGAGGUUACUUCUCCCCUGAUGACCCCACAGACACCAACGGCUCAGACAAUUCAAUUCCAAUGGCUUACCUCACCCUUGAUCACCAGCUGCAGCCCCUGGCUCCUUUCCCCAACUCAAAAGAGUCCAUGGCCGUUUUUGAGCAGCACUGCAAAAUGGCGCAAGAAUAUCUGAAAGUGCAAACAGAGAUCGCCCUGCUAAUCCAGAGGAAAAAGGAACUUAUUGCUGAACUGGACCAAGAUGAGAAGGACCAGCAGAACACGUCCCGUCUGGUGCAAGAACACAAAAAACUACUGGAAGAGAACAAGAGUCUGUCCACAUACUACCAGAAGUGCAAAAAACAACUGGAGCUGAUCCGGGUGCAGCAACAAAAGCGACAGGGGACUUUGUGAUAUGUGCUCGCCGACAUCUGACAUAAACACAAGCGCGUGUAUGUGCACGCACGUAAAAAACACAAACGCCAGUGCAGUCCAGUCCCGUCGUGCUGGUGUACCCUGCGUGUCACACUGUCAUGUCUGCCGCUGUCCUGCAGGAAGGUGUCUUCUGUACAUAUAUUUGCACAUAGUCACAGUGUGACUGCAGACCAAACAAUCACUGCAUUGGUGUGGAGUUUGCUUCUAUUGCAGCUGAGUGUGACAGCAUGUUGGUGAGGGCGCUUCGUGUAUUUUACAUGUUGCCCUCGGGGGGGCCUUCUUGGCACACCAGUCGAUGUUUUUUUCAUUCCUUAGCAUUCUCUGGCACCCUUCUAGCAGCCGAUGGUGAGAUCAUCCUCAAGAAUGUGAGGGGGGGG